AUAUGUUAACUGUCAACAUUUGUCUCUUGUCAAACUGAAUAUAUCUCAGAGGUUUCCUUUCCUUGCAUAAAUUCUAUAAAAAGAGGGUAUUAAGAUCUCAUCCUCAAAAUGCCAGAACUAACCGAAUUGGACAAGGCUACUGCCUCCAUGACAGAGAAACGCAAGGAGGAGACUGCAUCGUCAGACAGCGACUCUGACGACACUAUUCCAGAAUUGGAAGAUGCAGGAGCACCCGGAGCUGGUGGUAUUACAAACCCCAUCGCGGGUAUCGAUAUAGUCUCCAAGGCGAAACAGUCACGUGGCGAGAAGAAAGCUCGUAAAAUAAUGAGUAAACUCGGAUUAAAACCUGUACAAGGAGUAAACAGGGUAACAAUCAGGAAAUCAAAGAACAUUCUCUUCGUGAUCAACUCCCCAGAUGUGUACAAGAAUCCCCACUCGGACACUUACAUUGUGUUUGGUGAGGCCAAGAUUGAGGAUCUAUCACAGCAAGCGACCAUGGCUGCCGCUGAACGUUUCAAGGCACCUGAGACAGCGGCCGCCGGUAACGACACGUCUACUGCUGGCACUACAGUAGCACCAAUCGCAGAGGAAGAAGACGAGGAAGCCGUAGAUGAGACGGAAGUGGAUGAGAAGGACGUAGAAAUUGUGAUGACACAAGCCAAUGUGUCUCGAGCGAAGGCUGUCCGAGCCCUCAAGAACAACCAGUCGGACAUCGUGAAUGCUAUCAUGGAGCUGACAAUGUAAGCUGUCAAGAAGUAGUCACAAGCGUUAUUUUAUAUGUUCCUAGCUUUAAGUCAGUUAAAAAAGGAAAUCAAGAGCGAAGAGAGAUGUGUGUCUAUCUUGCUCUAACAUCAGUAUAUAUCAGUUGAAUCCAAAGUCAAUCUCAAUGAAGCCAUGAAGAGUGAUGGUAUUAAGAAGGAUUAUGGGAUUGUAUAUAGCAUUAUUUACUUCAAGCUACAAUAAAGUAUGGUUAAAA